AUUAGGACAGAAGAAUUGUUUUCUUAUUAUUUUUUUUUGUUUUAAACUAUAUUUUUAAAACAAUGGAAUAUAAAUUAAAGUCAUAUUUCAAAUCAAGAAGCCUUUCUUACUCAACUAUAGUUCAAUUCGUCAUUCAUAGCUCGAUAGUAUUCGAGAGUGUUCAAUUUUACGAAGUUAAUAUCAAAAGUAAAUAUUUUAUUUGAUAAGUGUUAAUUUGAGGUUGGAAAUUGUAUUAAAACAUUGAUAGUAAUUAUAAAAUUACUCAUUAUAAAAAUUCAUUUUAACAAAGAAUCGAUUUAUUACAUUGAUUUCAUAAUCUAACCUUGACAGGUAUUUAAAUAAUUUAUUUACCAAAGAAGAAAAUAAAAUAUAUCAUAGAAAUAGAAAAGAGAAAAGUUGAGAGAGACAAAACGUUAUAACAAGAAACAAAUAAUAAAGAAGACAAAUAAAAAGAAACAUUUAAAAAUACUCGAUUUUCAAUGGAUAGUGAAAAACAGAAAGAUGAAAUUACUGCUUUAGAAAGCAUCUACAAUAAGGAAGAAUUUUCUUAUUCCAAUGAUGAUAAACUUUUUCAGUGUAAUUUCAAGAUAUUUAUAACUCUUCCAGAAGAAUAUUAUUUUACGUAUAAAGAUACUAGACAUUCAGAAAAAUCAAUAGAGACAGUACAAAUAUCACAUUUACCACCAUUGUCAUUGUAUGUUACUUUACCAGAAGAUUAUCCUUCCACUUCACCGCCAAUGUUUUCGUUGUCUACAGUUUGGUUAUGCCAUGCACCACUUGCUAAAUUGUGCAAGAAGUUAGAUAGUUUAUGGGAAGAAAAUAAAGGCCUGGAAAUAUUGUUUGUAUGGGUUGGAUUUUUACAGCAUGAAACCUUACAAUUUUUAAAUAUAAAACAAUCUAUUAGCAUGGACUCUGUUUAUACGUCUUAUAAAAUAACUUUGGAAAAAGCGCAGAAUUCUGAAAGACACGUAGAAGAAUCAAGUUUACCAAAGCACGUAGAAGAGAACGAAGCAAAAGAAACUGUUGCUAAAGAUAUGAAUAACAGUAGUAGAAGUAGUUGUAGUGAUAAAAGUAAUAAAAGUAGUAAAAAGGAAUUUCAGAGGCAACGUUAUAAAGGGAUAGAAAAUAGAAAAAUAGAUAAGAGAGCUUUUUCUGAUUGUCCCUUUGGAAAGAAUCCAAUUCAAGUUUUAAUAGAUUAUAACGAGAAACGUAAUCAUAUUGAAUUCAACAGAAGUUUGUAUACUUGUAAAAUUUGUUUUACAGAUAAGUUAGGAGAACAUUGUUUUAAAUUUUUACCCUGUUCUCAUAUAUUUUGUAAAACUUGCAUCAGUGGUUAUGUAGAAGUCAAAAUUAAAGAUGGGGAUGUAAAAAAUAUUUCUUGUCCCGAACAAAAAUGUACUUCUGAAGCAACACCUGGACAAAUUAAAGAUUUGGUUAGUCCAGAAAUGUUUGCUAAAUAUGAUUCUAUAUUAUUAAGUGUUACGUUAGAUACUAUGACAGACAUAGUUUACUGUCCAAGACGUCAUUGUCAAUAUCCAGUCAGUCGUGAUCUUAAUGAAGGAAUGGCAAACUGUCCUGUAUGUCAAUAUGCAUUCUGUGUCUAUUGUAAAAUGGUUUAUCAUGGUAUAGAACCAUGUAAAGUGGCUUCAACUGAAAAGCAACAAUUAGUUAACGAUUAUCAAGCUGCUUCAGACAAUGAAAAACUUCUAAUGGAAAAGAGAUAUGGUAAAAAACAACUUCAAAUAUUAGUUGAAAAUACUAUGUCAGAGAAUUGGAUCAAAGUAAAUAGUCAAAAUUGUCCUCAUUGUUGUGCUGCUAUUGAGAAAUCCGACGGUUGUAAUAAAAUGACUUGUUAUAAAUGCCACACAUACUUCUGUUGGUUAUGUGGAUUAAAAUUAAAUCCACAAGAACCAUAUUUGCACUACCGUAAUCCGGAUUCUCCGUGCUUUAAUAUGUUAUAUCAUGGCUUAAUGGUAAAUGAUGACGAAGACGAUUAUGAUUUUCUGUUUCCUGAAAUAUUAGAUGACAAUAUUCAAGGUUUUUCUGAUGAUGAAGAUUACGAAGAUGAUGGUUUAAUCAUUGAUUAUUAGUUUUUUUUUAAUAAUAUCAUUACAAACAAUUUUAAUUUAUUAUUAUUUUUGAAAUCAUAAAAUACAUGUACUUUAUUUUUCUUCUUUCAUCAUAUUAUUUCUUUCUAAAAAGGUCAUUAUUAUUUUGUUUCAUGGGAAUAAAAUAUGAGAAAUUAAGAAAAUUCUUUUGUUGAAGCUUUACAAUGUAUUUUAUAAAAUUAAAUAUUUCAAAUGUACGAAAACUACUUAAAUUGGUUUGUUAAUUUAUAAAUAUAACUGUACAGUUAUUGAUUUUGCACGAGAUACAAAUUUUUAUCGAAAAUUAAAAUUUGUUUUUCAAAACUAAAUGUAGUAAAUCUUUAAAUCUGACCCUUGUAGAGGUAAUAGUAGAUUCGUUCGUUGCUGACCCUCUGGUGGGAAAGGUAUAAUUGUUACCGAUCAAUGCCUUAGUUUGAAAAUUAAGUAAGUGCGGAUUUUUUCGAUUAAAAUAACUGCACUCACUUAAGCAAAAAAAAGUUGGCAUAAAACCGCAACAGCAGAAAGAAAGAAAUUUAUUACAUAUAUCUAUAAUUUAAAGCGCAGAGAAGUGUUUUAAUAGUUCGAUAAUGUAAAAAACUCAUUGUAAUUUUCAAGACGAUGUCUUAUCACGAUUGUACAUUUAUUAAUACU